CGGGGGCAGUAGUUUGGUGGCCCUUAGCCUGGCUCUGCCCCUCCUGRGAGCUCCUGCUUUCGCCCAGGCCUCCGAGGACGAGGAGAAGGGAACUUUCRGCAGGAUCCGCUUAAUAGCAGCAGCAACAUGAACCGUGAAGACCGGAAUGUGCUGCGUAUGAAAGAAAGGGAAAGGCGAAAUCAAGAAAUUCAACAGGGUGAAGAGGCCUUUCCACCUAACUCUCCUCUCUUUGCUGAACCGUACAAAGUUACCAGCAAAGAAGACAAACUGUCUAGUCGUAUUCAGAGCAUGCUUGGAAAUUACGAUGAAAUGACGGAUCUCAUAGGAGACAGAUCGCUACAAAAGCUUGUUGGAUUUCCCAAACCGACUGUACCMUCAACAGCUGAGGAAAAAUCAACCCAAGGUUUCUUUGGUGAACAGAGACACAAUGCCAGCUCGCACCAGAGCAGCAAAUGGACUCCCGUAGGGCCAGCACCUAGCACUUCCUCCCAGUCUCAGAAACGGUCCUCGGGGUUGCAGAGCGGGCACAGCAGCCAGCGUGGCAGUGGCAAUAACACUAGCAGUGGUGGCCAGAGACAUGACCGUGACUCGUACAGUAGCAGCAGCAGCCGCAAAAAAAGCCAGCAUGGAUCAGAACACUCCAAAUCCCGUUCUUCCAGCCCUGGAAAACCAUCUGCUGUUUCCUCGCUGAGCUCCAGCCAUUCUAGAUCUCAUGGAAACGAUCAUCACAACAAGGAACAUCAACGCUCAAAAUCCCCCCGGGAUCCUGAUGCCAGCUGGGACUCUCCCUCCCGUGUACCCUCAUUUUCGAGUGGACAACACUCUAGUCAGUCUUUUCCACCUUCCCUCAUGUCCAAGUCUAAUUCAAUGUUACAAAAACCCACUGCUUAUGUAAGGCCAAUGGAUGGGCAGGAGUCCAUGGAACCAAAGUUAUCCUCUGAACACUACAGUAGUCAGACUCAUAGCAGCAGCGUGAAUGAGCUGAAGCCCAGCAGCAAAGCACACCUAACCAAGCUGAAAAUACCCUCCCAGCCACUGGAUGCAUCAGCUUCUGGUGAUGUGAGUUGUGUGGAUGAAAUUCUAAAAGAGAUGACCCAUUCUUGGCCUCCUCCACUGACUGCUAUUCACACACCAUGCAAAACAGAACCAUCAAAGUUUCCUUUUCCAACAAAGGACUCUCAACAGUCCAGUUUUGGCACUGGAGAACAGAAAAGAUACAAUCCUUCAUCAAAAGCCUCCAAUGGUCAUCAAUCCAAAUCAUGUGAAUCGAACCAGACAGAUAUGUUGAAAGAUGACUUAAAACUUAGCAGUAGUGAAGACAGCGAUGGAGAGCAGGACUGUGAUAAGACGGUGCCAAGGAGCACACCUGGAAGUAAUUCUGAACCUUCACAGCAUAACAGUGAAGGAGCAGAUAACUCCAGGGAUGAUUCGAGCAGCCACAGCGGAUCUGAGAGCAGCUCGGGCUCCGACUCUGAAAGCGAAAGCAGCUCCAGUGACAGUGAAGCUAACGAACCAUCGCAGAGCGCGUCCCCCGAGCCAGAGCCACCGCCAACAAACAAGUGGCAACUGGAUAACUGGCUGAACAAAGUUAAUCCACAUAAAGUAUCACCAGCUUCUUCCGUGGACAGCAAUAUCCCAUCCUCACAAGGCUACAAAAAGGAGGGACGGGACCAGGGGGCAGGGAGCGGAUAUACCGAUCAAAGCGGAUCCAAGGAUUCGAUUUCUUCUACGCCUGGGCGAGAUUCCAAAUCCACCCAAAAGGGCUCGGAGAGCAGUCGUGGCAGGCAGAAAUCACCUGCCCAGAGUGACAGCUCAACACAGAGGAGGACUGUAGGUAAAAAGCAGCCCAAGAAGGCAGAGAAGACAUCUGUUGAAGAGCCUAGAGGGGGUCUCAAAAUAGAAAGUGAAACUCCUGUAGACAUGGCAACAAAUAUACCUUCAAAUAGGCAUAAGGCAGCCACAAAAGGUUCCAGAAAACCUAAUAUAAAGAAGGAGCCCAAAUCUUCCCCUCGGCCUACAAUAGAGAAAAAGAAAUAUAAGGCUUCAAGCAAACCUGCCCAGAAAUCCAGGGAAUUCAUAGAAACAGAUACCUCAUCCUCUGAUUCAGAUGAAAAUGAGAGCCUGCCUCCUUCAUCACAAACACCCAAAUACUCUGAGAGCAAUAGGACUCCUGUUAAAUCUUCCAUGGAGGAGGAUGACAGCUUUUUUCGGCAAAGAAUGUUCUCUCCUAUGGAAGAGAAAGAACUUCUUUCACCACUCAGUGAUCCUGAUGAAAGGUACCCACUUAUUGUGAAGAUUGACCUGAGCCUCUUAUCCAGAAUACCAGGGAAGCCUUACAAGGAUGCUGACGCACCCAAAGCGGAAAAGAAAAACGUGCCGGAGAAGCACGCGAGAGAUUCUCAGAAGCAGCCCUCUGACAAAAACUCUACAAAAGGCAAAAGGAAACACAAACAGAACGAUGAUGAAAAUCGAGCCAGUGAAAGCAAGAAAACGAAACUGGAAGAAAAAGUUUCAUCAGGACACAAGACUUCCAGCAGUAGGGAGUCUUCAAAGCCAAGUGUUGUUAAAGAAAAGGAUUUACUGCCUUCUCCUGCUGCCCCAGUCCUUCAGAAGGAUUCCAAGCAAGAACAUGGGUCCCGGAAGAGGACAAUCAGUCAGUCGUCUUCCUUGAAGUCUAGCAGCAAUGUUAAUAAGGAGAGCAGCAGUGGUAGUAAAAGCAGCUCAUCUUCUAAGCAAAAGAAGACAGAGGGGAAGGGUUCAAGCAGUGCAAAAGAAGCCAAGGAGAAGAUUCUGAACAAUUCAUCAAACUGUCCUCCUGUGUCUAAUCCGUCAGUGGAGAGUUCAAAGUCACGAAGAGCAAAGCUUGUUUUUGAUGACAGAACUUACUCAGCUGAUCAUUAUUUACAAGAAGCAAAGAAGUUAAAACAUAAUGCAGAUGCGUUGUCUGACAGGUUUGAGAAAGCUGUGUACUACCUAGAUGCUGUAGUGUCGUUCAUUGAGUGUGGGAAUGCAUUGGAGAAAAAUGCUCAGGAAUCCAAGUCCCCGUUCCCUAUGUAUUCAGAAACUGUGGAAUUAAUCAAAUACACUAUGAAAUUGAAGAAUUACUUGGCACCAGAUGCUACAGCCGCGGAUAAAAGGCUAGCAGUGCUCUGUCUUCGGUGCCAAUCUCUUCUAUACCUAAGGCUUUUCAAGCUGAAGAAGGAAAGUGCAUUGAAAUAUUCUAAAACUCUGACCGAACAUCUUAAGAAUUCCUAUAACAAUUCUCAAGCACCAUCACCUGGCAUGGGAAACAAGCCUGUUGGAAUGCCGUCUCCAGUGUCUCCAAAGCUGUCUCCAGGGAAUUCAGGAAAUUACUCUUCUGGAGCAGCCAACCCUUCAGGGAGCGGGUCUUCGGUGACGAUCCCCCAGAGGAUCCAUCAGAUGGCAGCCAGCUAUGUCCAAGUCACCUCCAACUUCCUUUACGCCACUGAAAUCUGGGACCAAGCCGAACAGCUGUCGAAAGAACAGAAAGAGUUCUUUGCGGAACUGGAUAAAGUUAUGGGCCCUCUGAUUUUUAAUUCAAGCAUCAUGACAGACCUAGUGCGUUACACCCGUCAGGGAUUACAUUGGUUGCGCCUGGAUGCCAAGUGAUAUUUUGAACUGAAGGAAUGGAAAAAAGAACAUGUUUUUCUCGCUGCCUCUGAUUUAUCUCCACAACACUGUGUCAUGUCAAUAAGGAAGACUGCCAUAACACAUUGCUUAGUUGACACUAAGAGCAAGGAAUGCUUUCACGUCUCCCAUCCUCAUAUGUGUUUUGUGUUUUAAUCCCAAAUGAGCUGGUUAAUGGACUUCUUCAGUAUUCCCGUUUUAAGUUAUUUAAAUAUUUUAAAAUUUGCUACAUGUAAAGAUGUAGUUUUGUUGAUCUAUCAUGGAUAGAUCAUUGGAUUUCCAGUCAUAAUACAUAACUAGCCAGUUUAAAUCCUAUUUAUUUUAAUCUUUUUUUAAUUUUGAAAAGCCCAAUUUGGGGCAGUUUUAGCUAUUUUUUCACUGAAUUUACCCUUUCAAGUACUUAGCAGAAAUUAAACGUAGACACUUUAUUUAAGUACUUUGUGAGCUUUGUUACUCUGUAAUGUCUUGUGGUGGUAGAGCCUGUACGAUAGGGUUGAUAGGUUCUCGAGUGUAGGGACACCAUACUUGUCAUGCCUAAUGCCUACGAGUCAACUAAUAAAUGACAAUGACAGAUUUAUUAUUGCAGAAUUUGUACUAAAUAGAAAAGUUCCAGAUAUUCU